AUGUCUAAUACACCAUCAGAAAAAACUUCUGUUACUUUUCCAACUGAACAAACCUCACUCGAAGCUACUUUGCCAACAGAACAAACCUCACUCGAAGCUACUUUGCCAACAGAACAAACUUUGCAAAAAACAAAUUCAAAUAAGAAUGAUGAGAAAAAAAAACAUUCUAUGGAUCAAAUUGAAGACGAAAUGAUCGAUGUUGAAAUGCAAAUUCAAAA